AAGAAUCCACCAACCCAACCCCCAACCCCAAUAGAUGAACCACAAAUGACCAAAAGGAAAAAAUGGAACUGCACAUUUUAGAGCAUCGGCUCCAAGUAGCCAGUGUGGCCAAGGAGAGGAUACAGUUGUUUACCUAUGGCUUGAUCAAACUGGCUUUUCUCUCCUCCAAAACAAGGUGCAAGUUUUUCAGCCUGACGGAGACACCCGAGGACUACACAAUCAUUGUGGAUGAAGAAGGCUUCCUGGAGCUCCCUUCAUCAGAACACUUGAGUGUGGCAGAUGCUACCUGGCUGGCCCUCAACGUGGUUUCCGGUGGAGGCAGUUUUUCCAGUUCCCAGCCCAUCGGAGUGACCAAGAUCGCCAAGUCAGUUAUAGCUCCACUGGCUGAUCAGAACAUCUCAGUAUUCAUGCUCUCCACCUACCAGACGGACUUCAUCCUGGUGCGUGAGCGGGACUUGCCCUUCGUGAUGCACACGCUGGCUGCUGAGUUUACCAUCCUCAGGGUCGUGAACGGGGAGACGGUGGCAGCCGACAGCCUCGGGAUAACUAACGGAUUUAUGAAGCCAAAACUGGUUCAGAGGCCCGUGAUCCAUCCCCUUUCCAGUCCAAGUAAUAUGUUUUGCGUCACCAGCUUGGAUCCCGACACCCUUCCCUCUGUUGCUACACUCCUUAUGGAUGUCAUGUUUUACUCCAAUGGAGUAAAAGAUUCUGUGGCGGGCAAUGAAGAUUCGGGGCACAUUCGCUUUUUCUCUUUUUCUCUUAUCGAGGGUUACAUUUCUUUGGUGAUGGACGUACAGACGCAGAAAAGGUUUCCUAACAAUUUGUUGUUUACAAGUGCAUCAGGAGAACUCUGGAAGAUGGUUCGGAUUGGAGGGCAGCCCCUCGGCUUUGAUGAAUGUGGAAUCGUCGCUCAGAUUUCUGAGCCACUGGCUGCUGCCGACAUCCCCGCCUACUACAUCAGUACUUUCAAGUUUGAUCAUGCACUGGUACCAGAAGAAAAUAUAAACGGUGUUAUCAACGCGCUCCAAGUUAGUCAAGCCGAAAAACAUUAGGCGCCCUUCUGAGUGGGACCUGGGUGCAUUUU